AGCAAGAUUCUAUUGCCCUAAUACAAAGGCUAAAUUUGCCCUGUUUGCCAUUCAGGGGAAACAAAUCUGCUGCUUCUUUGUAAAGUGGGAUCAUGCCUGGAGUGGGGAUUACCAAGAAGAAAGGCAGAGGAGGGUCCAGCGCUGCUGAUGUCACCAGCAGAUCAUACAAUAAACAGAAGGGGUAAUGCUGCACUUGAAAGAGACCUGACCUCGGGAGUGGAGCAGUUCCUUUGCUGUUCCAGAGAUCAAAUAAAAACAGCAGAAGACCCUUGGAACAAUUCCUGAAGAAUCAGAAUCUGAUCCAGUUCAAAAUGAACCUGUUCAGUUCCAUGGUGCUGUUCCUGCUUCUCUUCAGAGCUCAUUUUGGAGAACCUGCAGACAACUUUGCUGUUCUUAAAGAUGCCUGGCAUAAAGAUGAACUUGCCAAAAACGUUAUCAGUCCACUUCGCUGGGCUGAUGCCAACCCAUGUCCUGAAAGGCGGUCCAGCCCUGGGACAGCAGGUCUGAAAUCCACACCAUCCCUUCUGUGCAAGCGUCAGGAGCACCAAAUACAAUCAUGGCAAGGAAUGAAUCCAGUGAGGAGCAGAGUGGUCUCCAUUCCUCAAGAAGCACUGCUGGUAGAAAAGGAGAAGGAUCUCUCCACCUAUAACUGGAAUUCAUUUGGCUUAAGAUAUGGCAAGAGGCAAGCAAUGAGAGCCAAGGUGCAAAUAUGAAGACAUGGAGGAACUCUACCAAAAAAUGGCAGGUAGAACAAAGAGCAGAAUAAAAUACACACUUGCUCAGUAUUAUGAUGGAUUCAUUCAUCAGAGUUCCAGAGGCUGCAGUAGAAGACAAUGCCACAAGCCAAGGCCCUUGAUUAUUAGAAACUCAUAUCUUAUGCCAGAAUUUCAGUAGAGAAAUGGAACACAUUUUUGUUUUAAAAUAUACAUUUGUAGAGUGCUGGUCAUUGUCUAUUUUCAGUCAGCUAUCCUAAUUGUAUUAAAAUUAGAAUUACGUUUUCCUAAUUUUGUUAUUGUAUCCUCCCCCAGGAACCUGCCCAAAUGACAGAAUAAAAUUUAAUUCUGAA